AUGUCAGAGGAAGUACAGAACGGCAAGGCGGCUGUUGAGAUUUCUUAUCCCAAUACCGUUGCCGAAGUCCACGGAUUGCUGUCGCGGCUGGUUGUUAGCAACAAGGAUAUCGAAAAGAAGAAGAUUUUGAAGAUACUGCAACAGUUAGCAAGGGAGAGACAGGAGUAUGAAGAGAAAUCGUUUAGCCUUGAAAAGAGUUGGGCCCAGAACAAAGAGGAAGUUGAUCUUGAUCUUUUGAAGGUUCAGGUGAUGGCUUUCAACCUUUUGAGCAAGGACCUUGAUUUGCCAUUGGAAGUACAGACCAAACUAUUAGGCGAGACAGAUGUCGAGUCUUCAAAGAGUCAAGAUGAGUAUUUUAAUCUAUCUGCCGACUUUGAUGAGAAAGCCAAGUUCUUUGGAUUAGACCCACAUAAGACGAUUCCUGAUCCUGAGAUACACUCGGCAGGCAGCACUUUAGGAGAAUCCAUUGUCAAACAGAAGGUCGAGUCAAGAAUACAUGAGCUUGAAAGUUUGCCAGCAAACAUUGGCCUAUAUGAUGCUGCGUCAAUUGAAAACGAUUUGCAAAAGUCAGCCUCCGACAUUUUGGAUAAUGUCGAUGAAAUUAAGAUUCGGGCAUUAAACGAGCUGAAAGCAUUGAAGCUUCUACCAGAACAGAAACAGCUGCGUCGCAAACUAAUACAAGAUACUCUAACAAGCGUGGUGCAUCAGAAAAACAAGUAUGGAUCCGACAGCUUCCGUGCAUUCAAGCGCUCUUUUUCGAUCAGAGAUAAGCAAAAGAUCGAGCAAACCUCGAGACUUGCAGAAAAGUUGCAGGAGCAACAACGUCGCGAGAAGGAAGAGUUGGAACAUGAUUACCAAACUCACAAAGUUAACAAACUCGCUGCCAUUUUUGACGAGGUUCGAGACGAACUUGAAGAGAAAAGGAAUGCAAGACAUUCUUUGGCUAAGGCUUUGCAGCAUUUCCAUUCGCAAGUGGAAAAGGAUGAAAGCAAGAAGCUCGAGAGAAUUGCCAAGCAGAGACUGGCAGCUUUGCGGUCGAACGAUGAAGAAGCUUAUAUGCAGCUCCUGACUAAAACCAAGGAUACAAGAUUACACCACCUCAUCCAGCAGACGAACAAUUUUCUGGAUUCGCUUGCCAAUGCUGUUAAGGUGCAGCAAGAUGAGGCCCGUGCUAGAAGCUUGCAGGAUCGCGCAGAGGAAGGGUUGGAGCCAUUGCAAGAGGACGUCGAGGAAGAUGCUGAUGCGCGUCGUGAGAAAAUCGACUACUAUGAGGUGGCCCACAGAGUGAAGGAGAAAAUAGAAAAGCAACCCUCGUUGCUUGUGGGUGGUACCUUGAAGGAGUAUCAGAUUAAGGGACUCGAGUGGAUGGUCUCGCUUUACAAUAAUAACCUCAAUGGUAUUCUUGCCGACGAGAUGGGUUUGGGUAAAACCAUCCAGUCUAUUUCGCUGAUCACCUAUCUGAUAGAAUCUAAGAAAGAGCGAGGAAAAUUUUUGGUGAUUGUUCCGCUUUCCACAAUCACUAACUGGACGCUGGAAUUUGAAAGAUGGGCUCCGAGUGUCAAAACCAUUGUCUACAAAGGAACGCAGCACCAGCGUAAACAGCUCCAGUACGAGGUUCGAAGCGGAAAUUUCUCUGUUUUGCUGACCACCUACGAAUACGUGAUCAGGGACCGACCGCUGUUGUGCAAAUUCAAAUGGGCUCACAUGAUCAUCGACGAAGGUCACCGUAUGAAAAACGCCAGUUCCAAGCUUUCGCUAACGUUGACUCAGUACUACCACACGAGGAACAGGCUGAUAUUGACGGGUACUCCUUUGCAGAAUAAUUUACCUGAGCUUUGGGCACUGUUGAACUUUGUGCUUCCGAAAGUUUUCAACUCUGUAAAGUCGUUCGAUGAGUGGUUCAACACUCCAUUUGCAAAUACAGGCCAUCAAGACAAGCUAGAGUUAUCCGAAGAAGAGAGCCUGCUUAUCAUCAGGAGAUUGCACAAAGUGUUGCGUCCAUUCCUGCUUAGAAGACUCAAAAAAGAUGUUGAAAAAGACCUUCCAGAUAAGGUUGAAAGAGUUGUCAAAUGCAAGCUCUCCGGCCUCCAAUCUAGCUUGUACAAGCAGAUGUUGAACCAUAACGCUCUUUUUGUUGGUGUGGGUACACAUGGAGCUACGAAGACGGGGUUGAGGGGACUGAACAACAAAAUCAUGCAACUCAGAAAAGUUUGCAACCACCCAUAUGUUUUUGAGGAAGUUGAGGAUAUUGUGAAUCCAUCUAGACUGACCACGGAUUUAAUCUGGAGAAGUUCGGGAAAGUUUGAGUUACUUGACAGAGUUCUGCCCAAAUUCAAGGCUUCGGGCCACAAGGUCCUUAUUUUCUUCCAGAUGACUCAAGUCAUGGACAUCAUGGAGGACUAUUUAAGAUUCAGGGAUAUGAAGUACAUGCGUUUGGAUGGUUCCACGAAGGCGGACGACCGUCAAGAUAUGCUUAAAGACUUCAAUGCCCCAGACUCCGAAUAUUUCUGUUUCCUUCUGUCUACCAGAGCUGGAGGUUUGGGAUUAAAUUUACAGACUGCUGACACGGUCAUAAUCUUCGAUACGGACUGGAAUCCUCAUCAGGAUUUACAAGCCCAAGACAGAGCACAUCGUAUCGGUCAGAAAAACGAGGUGCGUAUCUUAAGACUGAUCACAGAAGACUCUGUGGAAGAGGUGAUUCUUGAAAGAGCACAUCAGAAGUUGGACAUCGAUGGCAAAGUUAUUCAGGCUGGUAAGUUUGAUAACAAAUCUAGUGCCGAGGAGCAGGAGGCGUUUUUGAAGAGGCUUUUGGAGGCGGAGAAGAUGAAAGCAGAGGAGGCCGAAAAUGACGAUCUGGACGACGAAGAGCUCAACGAGAUUCUUGCAAGAAACGAGGAUGAGAAAAAAUUGUUUGCUGAAAUCGACCAGGCCAGGAUUCGGGACGACCAAAAAUUAGAUGGUCCUAGAUUGAUGACGUAUGAGGAGCUCCCUCCUGUGUUCAAGGAGGAUAUCACUUUGCAUCUCGAGAAGGAUAAGCCUGAUGCUGGUAACAAAAGAGAACGCAAACAGGUUGUAUAUGACGAUGGCCUAACGGAGGAGCAGUGGCUGGACGCAAUGGAUGCAGCGGACGACACUGUGGAGGCAGCAGCCUUACGGAAACGUGAGUCUAUGCGUCAGCGUCGUGCGAAGCGUUCUGCUGGCGCAGAUGAAGGGGAGGAUGAAAUUCCACGUAAGAGACGCAGCACGAGAUCGGCAACUCCGAUGAGCGAAGAAAGUUUCAUCGAAGACGAUGAAGAUGAUGCGGGCGAAGAUCCCUUUGUGCAGCUGUGCGAGGGACUGUUGCAAAAAUUGGUGAACGCUAAGGAUGAGAAUGGGCGCUCAAGGUCAGAGCUUUUCAUGACAGUUCCGUCCAAAAAGUUGUACCCAGACUACUACCAAAUCGUGAAAAAAGCGGUAGCGAUCAAGGAUCUUCAAAAGGGGCUGAAAAAAGGCUCAAUUGUGGACUACCAACAGUUCAAGGAAGAGCUUCAACAGAUGUUCGAAAACGCCAAACUUUACAACGAAGAUGGGUCACUGGUGUACAAUGAUGCCAUUGAGCUAGAGAAAAUAGCCACGGAGGAAUUAGCCAAGAUAGACGCGGAGUUGGGCGAAGAAUAG